AUGGAACACAACACACAAAAAAAUUCAUCAAAACAAACACGUGAGCCAAAAAACGAUCAACAUUUAACACAAAGUACCCACAAUAGAAACAGCAAUAACAUCACUCAGCUGUGUCCAGAAUCUUCUUCAUUCACUUCACACUCACGAGUGACAACAACAAGAGAUCACUGUCGCAAGAACAUCAAACCAGAAUUCUAUCAACCAACAAAAUCGAAUUUUCAAAUGGGAUACAAACAAAAGAAAUACAAAAACGGAGAGGAGUAUAAUGGAGAGUGGAAUAACAAUAAGAGACACGGAAUGGGUAUUCAUCAAUGGCCCGAUAACAGAAUUUAUGAAGGACAAUUUAAAGAUGAUUUAAUGCAUGGACAUGGAAAAUAUCAAUGGCCCGAUAAUAGACUCUAUGAAGGGUCAUUCGUUCAAGAUCACAUGACAGGUCGAGGCUAUUAUUUUCAAGAUAAACGAGAUCCACUGCUCGAAGAAAUCAGUGGAGAAUUUCUAAAUGGUGUCUUACAUGGACGAGGAGUUUGUUUUAAAAAGAUUGUCACUAAUAAUGUCACAACUGGAUUAAUCAUAACAGUAGGAUAUUGCUGGAAUAGAGGUACAUUACAUCAUGGAUUUGAAAUUAUUGUGGAUACCAAUAAUGCGGUUCAAUCGAUUAAGCAAUUCAGAUCUAAUUGCAAGUAUUCUUUUGAUCCGAGAGGAGGUGGUGGAGAUUAUUUUCAAGAAGAUUCUGGUGCAGAAGUGCUCCAUUCACCGAAUGUGUCGUCUUCAGUAGUACCAAAGCCAACAUCAGCUGCAUCCUCACAAGACAAAUUGAAUAACAGUAGCUCCAACUCAAUUCCUCUUCUCAAUUUGAUGAAUAUUAGUUCAAGUAGUUUCAAUACACAAGAUUCCAUUUCACCUCGAGGUGGUGGUGGUUGUGGUGGUGGAUUAACACCCUCAUCCAACCAUGCGUCCACUCCUACCAAUCAGGGAUCAAUGACACCUCGAACUCGAUCCUCACCUCGAACACCACGAGGUGGUAGUCAUCUCAUCAAACCUGCUGGAACAACUGAGAUUAAAAUUGAACAAAUUGAAUUCAUUGAUGCAAGUGAACUCGCUCAAGCCAAAGCAGAACUUUUGGAAAAACAAUCCAAUUUGGUACAAGCAUGGAAAGAAAAAUUGAAUAAUGUUCAAGAAAAGAUCAAAACACUCACGAAACAAAAAGUAAAUUUAGAGAGUAAGCUAGCAGAAGCAAAAGAAGAACUUGCCUUUUACCACAAUAAGGACAUUGAAACCGAACAAAGACUCUCUCAAUACAUUACACAACACAAGGAUUUAUUCGAGGAGUAUGAAAUGGCUACCAAUUCAAAAAUUCAAACACUCGAAACGAUUAUCAGUGAAUUGAAUACGAGACGAGAACGAGAUUUAACUCUCAAAAAUCAAGAGUUGGAACAUUUGAGGAAUAGUCUUCAUCAGAAAAUUGAAGCACUCGAAUUGGAAUGGAGAGACCGAUACAAUCGACUUGAAUCUCAGGUGGAAUUGUUGGAUGAUGACAAAAGGUGA